UUUUUUUCUAAAAAUUCCAAAUCCCAAAUUCUAUUAUAAUUAUUAUAAUUAUUAUUAUUAUUAUUAUUAUUAUCCGAGUUAAAAUGUCAAAAUUACUCAAUCUACUCUCAAAUUCUUUGAAUAACUCAAAAUUAGAUUCAAAAUUGAAAUUCAUUGUAUUUGGCUCUCCUUCUUCUCACAAUCAUGCUUCUUCCUCUUCCUCUUCCUCUCCCUCUAUCACAAAGAUUUCUCAACUAAAUGAAAUUUCCUUAUACACUUUUGAUUCCUCAAACUUACUAAUCAUAAAUAACUUUAUAAUUAAACACUUGCAAUUGGUUAACAAAAAAAUCGAAAAAUUCUUAUUAAAUAAACUAAAAUUCUUCAAAAUUAUCAACCUAUACAAUCUAAUCCUAUUGUUCAACUUCCUACUACAAUGUUCUUCAAAUGAUUUCCUUUCUUUCUGGUCAAAGAACAAUUGGCUAUUUCAUCAUUUAAAAUUUGUCAUCUUAAAUACAAACUACAUCAUUCAGAAAAAUGACAUAUUUACAGUAGAUAAUAUCAAUAAUAUUAAUAAUACUAAAAACAAUAAAAACAAUGCCAUAAUCAAAAAAAUUGGCGUUAAUGAUACCUUGUUACUAAAAAUUUUAAGAUAUUCUUCAAAUUUUAUAACUCUUUUAUCCGAUUCAAAUCAAUUAAACAACUUUAGAUUGAAUUUCCAAAAAUUAAGAUCCGAAUUCAACAAACCAAAUAUUAGAUCCUCUUUUGAUUUAAAAAGAAAACUAAAUCACUCUUCCUCCUCCGAUAAUGAUAGCGAUGAUGAUGAUUAUAAUAACAACAAUUACAGCAAAGCAAAAGAAUCUUCAAAUCAUAACAAAAACUUCUCCUCCUCCUCUCCAGCUUCAAGAUCCUCUAAAUCGCUAGAUAUCAACAGAGCUAUCUCCAAUCCUUAUUCAAACAAUCCCUUUGCUUCUCCCAACCAUAACCUCUCCACUUUACACGAAUUACCAAAUGAAUCAACCAUUGAUUUGAUCGAUCUAACCACAAAUCAAGCUGAUGUUCUCAGAUCAAAGACAUUGCCUUAUAAGUUUUCUUCUCGUAAUAAUAACCAUCGCUAUAAUCUCUCAAUCAAUUCCUCUCCCUUAAAGCCAUCAACUAUUGAUUCGAACCCUUAUGCUUUCAAUAGCAUUAAUCACCAAAAGCUCUUAAUAUGAUUUUUUAAACCUGGAAAUCUUUCUCUUUUCAAGUAUUCACCAAUUCUCAACAUUUAAUUCACUACUUUUUUUGCUUCUCUAGAACCAUGCUUUACUCUGUUUUGGUCUCAUACAAUGCUUUUUUAAUUAAGUUUUCUCUGCUUUAUCAUAUUCUCUAAUUAUGAUUAAAUAAGAUAAACUUAG